ACAGAUGAAAUCAUAGUUCAGGGGUCACCUGAACAGUCUAGGGUGUAUCCGCCGCCUCUUGCCCAAUGUUACCUGGGAAAGUCUGCAGCUCACCCAUGACCCUGAUGAGGAUAAAUAGUAUAGAAAAUGGCUGAAUAGUGUCUUAAAGUAAAUCUGAAAAUAUCUGUCUAUAAAUAGGAAUAGUGUGCGUGUGCAACUGGCUGGCCCCCUCUGACCCAGUCGGUUGGGAUAGAGUUGCAACUCAUUUGUGACCUAAAUAAGGACAAGUGCUCAAAAAAAAAAAAAAGUAUUAAAGUGUGGAUUAUGUGAGUUUAUGAUAGAUUUUGAAGCAAGUUGGCACCACUUUUAGCAUUUUGGUGUCAGAUUUCAUGUGACAAGCUGCUGCAGGUUGUUGAAAGGGCAACACAGUUUUAGAUGCUCAUGGGUCAAUUUAACAGCUGUGAAUAUCAAGUAAAAGAUCAUGACCCGGAUCUAUGCUUUUACUGCUGAUCUGAAAGCACCUUCCUGUUCCCUUUAUUCUGUCUGUCAGGUCUUCAAAGAAGGCUUCACAUCAUCUGUUUUGGUGAAACCUGCUCCUCGCUUUGGUAACAACAUGGGCAGACAAAAGAUCUACUUGGAGAAACUGUCCAAGACCUUCCAGAUCCGCAACCUACUGCUUCGCCAGGCCUUGGCAGAAUGUCUGGGCACACUCAUCCUUGUGAUGUUUGGUUGCGGCGCCGUGGCUCAGUUGGUGUUGAGCAGCGGUUCUCACGGUCUGUUUCUGACAGUCAACUUUGCCUUUGGCUUUGCUGCCACUUUGGGAAUCCUGGUCUGUGGCCAAAUCUCAGGAGGACAUCUGAACCCCGCAGUGACGUUCGCCCUGUGCCUGCUCGGCAGGGAACGCUGGAGAAAGUUCCCCAUGUACUUCCUCUUUCAGACAAUCGGCGCUUUCUUCGGUGCAGCCAUCAUUUUUGGCAUGUACUAUGAUGCCUUGUGGGACCAUCCUGGUGCUUUCAACGUCACCGGCCCAAAUGCCACAGCUGGAAUUUUUGCCACCUAUCCUGGAAAACAUCUCACCCUUGUCAAUGGUUUCUUCGAUCAGAUUAUUGGCACAGCAGCACUGAUCGUUUGCAUCCUGGCCAUCGUCGAUCCUUACAAUAACCCCAUUCCGCAAGGUUUGGAAGCUUUCACAGUGGGCUUUGUGGUUCUGGUCAUUGGCUUGUCUAUGGGGUUCAACUCUGGCUACGCGGUCAAUCCUGCCAGAGACCUCGGACCUCGUAUUUUUACUGCAAUGGCAGGGUGGGGAACAGAAGUCUUCACAGCCAGAAACGGUUGGUUCCUUGUACCCGUCUUUGCCCCCUUCCUCGGCACUAUUAUCGGCGUAAUCAUCUACCAGAUGAUGGUAGGUUUCCACGAGGAGGGAGAAGUACGCGACCGCAGGAACGCCGAGGCGGAGGAGAGCGUGCGGCUCACAAAUGUUGUCGCCAACGACAAGUCAAAAGAAGCUACUAAACAAGUGCACUGAGCAGCUGUGCACAUUUUGUGGCUGGACAUUGAAACAAACUGGAUUUGAUCCACUUUUAACCACAGUUUUAGCUGCCAAAUUGGUGAGAUCCUGAAAUGAAGCUACUUUCUCUGUGUGUCAUUUGCAUUCGAUUGCCUUUGUAGUAGGAGGGGACAGACAUCAUGCAAACAUUCUUUUAAGAAAAGAUGAAAAUGUUGGUUGUGUUCCCGAUCUUCAAGUUUAAGCAGUGUUUUAUGCUUUGUACCAUUAUAGUUUUAAAAUACCUUUUUAUAGGAACAGCUGAGAAUCCAAAACGGCCAAACAAGCACUUAGUCCAGACAAUUUCAAUAUUUGAGUUCAAGCAUUGGACAUUUGAUGUUUGAGAAAUUAUUUUAUAUUUGAUUGUUUUGAAGAUGAUUCUGUCUUGAGUCGGUCUUUGAUUUUCUAAUGUCACAAUAAAUGUCCUCCUAACCCCCACCCAUCCUCACCCACCUUUUCACAGGUAUAUAGUCUUGAAUAGCACCAUGUUUGUUGAUUCUCACCUGCACCAUUCGUGAUUUGUAUUUUGGUGCCGGACUGGAUUAUGAGCCUCUCUGUGUUUUGUAUGUAAGUUAAUGGGUGAUUCUUUUUGUACUGAUACAAUAAAAGUGUUUUUUUUUUU